AUGGAUGACUUUAGUUCGGAUGUCUUCGUCAACCGUGACGACCCCAUCCCGACCAUCGUCCUUGACGGUUCUUCGCCACCUGGACCGCGUACACCUUCAACUUCGGGAGAUCACUCCGAUAGUGAGACUCCGUCCCGGCGUAAGGGUUUCCGCGGUCACCUCUCGGCUUUCAAGGAGAAAACCAAGAUUCAGGACCAGCUAGUCGAGAAGCUGUUAUCUCAGGUGGUACCCCUCGACGAUACCCAGCUUCCCCAGGAUGAUGCCUCUCAAGAGCCUAACACCCCGGGCGCGGACCGUCCUAAUUUUAAUCUGACUACCAUGUCUAACAACUUCCGCCGCUUCAAUGCUCGCAUCGGAGUUGUUUUUGUCUUUCAAGCCCGUGUAAUCCGUUUACUGUCUUGGAGGCAACCUACACACACCAUCUCCUUUCUCGCCAUAUUCACAUUCAUCUGUCUGGACCCCUAUCUCUUACCAAUUCUUCCUUUGACAGCUCUCCUCAUCUGUGUCCUGGUCCCGAGCUUUGUAGCCCGCCAUCCCGCAGCCGAAUUUAGCUUGUCAAGUGAACAGGCGAUAGGAUAUUCACCUCAUGGACCUCCGUUAGCCCCUGCAAUUACUGUCAAGCCUGUCAAGGAGUUGAGUCGGGACUUUUUCCGCAAUAUGAGGGACUUACAAAAUAGUAUGGAGGACUUCAGCCAGCUCCACGACAAUAUCAUAAGGCUAGUAGUACCACGGACAAAUUUCAGCGACGAAGCUUUAAGUAGCGCCUUGUUUGUAUCCCUAUUCAUCGUCUGCAUUUUCAUGAGUAUUGCGUCGAAUAUACUACCAUGGCGAUUGAUUUUCUUAUCUAUCGGUUGGGUGGUUAUAUGUGUUGGUCAUCCUGUUGUUCAGCGGCAGGUUCAAGCUGCACAUGAGAAGCAUAUACAUCCACAAGAGGAGAAAGCUAGAGGCUGGAUAGAGCAGUGGGUUGAACGCGAUGUCAUACUCGACAACGCGCCAGAAGUCAGGGAAGUGGAAAUAUUUGAGUUACAGCGCCUCUCGAACGCGGGCGAAUGGGAGCCAUGGUUGUUCAGUGCGGCGCCCUACGAUCCGCUAUCACCACGACGCAUCUGCCGGGGAUAG